CAAACUCAUUCGCAUUAGAGCUUCGCAGCAAAUAUUAAAUUUCUAUAAACAAAAUAUCGAGCAAACAAAAUGAGUCGCAAAAUUAAGAAAACUAAGCUGACGACGGAGCAGCCUGCAGCCAACUUGACCACAGAAGUGGAAGUGCAAACGCCCAGAUCCGCCUUGGCUGGCAUGGGAGGCGAUGAGCAUCGCAUUUAUAGCAGCAUGUUCGAGGUGUUUGGCAUAGUCCAAGGCGUUUUCUUUCGCAAGCACACACAGGCGAAGGCCAAGCAGCUGGGCUUGGGUGGCUGGUGCAUGAACACUAGAGAGGGCACGGUCAAGGGCGUUAUAGAGGGCAAGCUAUUGGGCCUGAAUGAAAUGUAA